CACCACAACAGGCUAGAGAAUCUCAUCCAGAAAUUCUUCGAAAUGGAGCAUCUCGGUUCUGCAAAACAGCUCACACCAGAGGAGCGAUGGUGAGAGGAGCAUUUUAAACGAACUCACAUCCGUCAACGGAACGGCAAGUAUUUGGUACGGUUACCACUUAAGCGUUUGUUUGACCCUUCGCAGGUGCUAGGCAAAUCACGUUAAAUCGCAAUUAUUCGAUUCCAAAUGCUUCAACGAAGAUUCCAACGGCAGCCGGAGCUGCAAGCCAAAUAUUCGGAGGUCAUCAUUAGCAAGGAGAAUGGAAUCGAAUCCACAUGUUGCAGCUUGCCUCAUCACGCAAUAUUCAAGGAAUAAAGUGUCACUACUAAGGUUAGAGUAGUAUAUGACGCCUCCUGUAAAACGACAAACGGAAAGGCGCUCAAUGACGUCCUAUGCACCGGACCAGCGCUCUAGCGAUCUAGCCGCCGUGGUCCUGAAUUGGCGUUUCCAUCGUUUUGUUUUUGCUGCCGACAUUCAGAAGAUGUAUAGUUGCAUUGACAUGAAUGCAGAGGAUUCGCAAUAUCAACGCAUCUUUUGGCAUGACGAACACAACCAGGUAGCUGAGUAUUUUCUCAACACAGUUACGUUUGGAACCGCUUCAGCUCCUUACACAGUCAUUCGCGUCAUACAUCAACUGGCGCAGGAUGAACGCGACCGAUACCCAAUCGCGGAAAGGGUCCUUCGACAUGAAAUAUACGUUGAUGACGUACAAAGCGGAUCUUCCACUCGCGAAGGAGCAUUAGAAAUUCAAAAUCAAUCGAUCGGAGCCUUACGAUCAGCAGGAAUGGAACUUCGAAAGUUGUCUGCGAAUGACGCUUCUCUGCUACAAGACAUACCUCCAGACCAUUUAUCUCUCGCCCGACUUUACGACCCCUUAGGUUUCAUCACGCCCUGUGUCAUGACCGCGAAGGCGAUAUUCAAGGACUCAUGGAUGGCCCGCAUCAAACGCAACGAUGGCAGCCUAGCACAACUGGACUGGGAUGAACCGCUGCCAACCGAACUGCUUGAUAGAUGGCAGGGAUUUAAUACAGAUCUUGCCAUAUGUCGAGCAAAUUCAAGUACCACGAUGGCUGCGCUUCAACAUCCACGAGCUUGCGUCAUUACAGCUACAUGUUUUCUGCGAUGGAUCAUCACUGGCGUAUGCAGCAUGUGCAUAUAUUCGUGCAGAACUACCAAACGGAAAGAUUCAAUCUCAUUUGCUAGCUGCACGCAGUCAAGUCCCACCCACGAAACCGACAACAAUUCCACGAGUCGAACUUUCGGAUGCGCUGCUGGCAGUUAAACUGGCAAAAUGGAUCCGGGACCAACUUCGCACUGCAGGACCACCUAUGUCAACCUUCUAUUGGUCAGAUGCUUCUAUCGUUUUUGUUUUGGAUAAAUGAAGAUCCCCAC